AUGGGGUCGAUCCAAGUCAACACUCUGGCCAUGGCGGUGGAUACUGAGGCGAUCGAGGCCAAAAACCAAGAGGAGCGCAAUAAGCGCCUGAACAGCAAAGGUAUCCAUCAAUUUCGCGAAGCGGUCGGGGAACUGGCACGGUUUGCAGAGGACCCAUGGACCAAAGGAGAUGGCUGCCGCGAGCCGGUUUCUGAAGAUGUCGACGCGCUCAUUGUCGGUUGUGGAUUUGGCGGCCUCCUAGCAGCCAGGAAGCUUCAUGAAGUUGGAAUUUACAACAUCAGAAUGGUUGACAAAGCCUCCGACUUUGGCGGCGUCUGGUAUUGGAACAGAUAUCCAGGUCUCUAUUGCGAUACCGAUGCAUAUAUCUACCUUCCCCUGCUGAAAGAAAUUGGGCACAUUCCAAGCUCCAAGUACGUCCCAGGCCAUGAGAUCCGUGCCCAUGCGCUCCGAAUUGCGGAAAAAGAAAACUUGCUGGAGAAAGCUCUGCUCCAGACCGAAUUGAACUCCAUUACCUGGUCAAAUGAGCUAUCUCGUUGGAUUGGCGAAACAUCACGAGGCGAUGUGAUCCGCGCUCGAUUUGUCAUCUCGGCCAUCGGAAUCUUACACAAGCUCCACCUUCCUGGCAUUCAAGGCAUCGAAAAUUUCAAAGGACACAGCUUCCAUUCAUCCCGCUGGGACUAUGACUAUACUGGAGGGGACCCUUUUGGCGCACCUUUGAGUAAACUCGGCUCGAAACGCGUUGGCUUGGUGGGCACGGGAGCUUCUACAAUUCAAGUCCUACCUCAUCUUGCUGCAUCCAGAGCGGAGGUCUAUGUCUUCCAGCGGACGCCCUCGGGGGUGGAUGAAAGGGCCAAUCCGAAAACUGACAAGGCUUGGUUUCAAUCAUUGAAGCCGGGAUGGCAAGACGAGCGUGCCGACAACUUCGAAAACAUCUAUUUCGGCCAAAAUCCACACGUUGACCUGGUCGACGAUGGCUGGACUAAGCACGUGUUUGCUGUACUUCAAUCGGAUCCAGGAGACGGAAGCUAUUUAGAGAGACUCAAGGAGGCCGAGACUCUGAAAAUGGAAUCGAUUCGAUCCCGUGUUCAAAACACGGUCGACGAUCCCGAGACGGCGGAAGCGCUCAAGCCGUGGUACGUUCGGACAUGCAAACGCCCUUGCUUCAGUAACGAUUACCUGCCUUGUUUUAACAAUCCGAAUGUGCAUCUCGUGCAUACGGACGGCAAGGGCGUCGAAAGGGUCACUGAGCAAGGGGUUGUUGCCCAGGGAACCGAGUACAAACUUGACUGUAUUAUCUAUGCUACUGGCUUCGACUGGAGUAACGAUUAUUCCGAGCGUGCCAACAUGACAAUCACGGGGAGGAACGGGCAGACCAUGUCUGAAAAAUGGACGCGUGGACCAAGCACGUUGUUUGGCAUGAUUGGCCGGGAUUUUCCUAACCUGCUGCUAUUCACGCACCUCCAGAGCUCCACGUCGCCCAAUUAUACGCAUUUACUCAGCGAGCGGGCCAAACAUGCCGCUUACAUCGUCUCGGAAUGCUUGAAACGCCAGAUCGAUUCCGUCGAACCCACGCAGGAGGCCGAGGAUGCUUGGGUCAAGAAACUGGAAGCCACGGCCUUGAAAUAUCUUGAUUUCUUCAUGUCAUGCACUCCUGGAUACUACAAUCAAGAAGGCCGGUUGUCAAAGGCCAACCUGAGGAACGCGACGGUUGGCCUGACUGGUCCUGAGUGGUACCAACUGGCCGCUGCAUGGAGGGCUGCUGGGAAGUUAGAAGGGCUGGAGCUCAAUCGUCGAUAG